AUGUCUAAACAACUGAGUGUGAUAAUUUUUACUGUAUCUUUCAUCAGUGGUGUGUAUAAUGAGACAACAAAUGAGAUCAUAACUGGAGGAGUUGGAAAUAUGACCGUGAGUACUUUUUUGAAAUUUUACUGUAACACAGUUUCCCAUUGCAGCAGUUAAUUGUUCACUUAAUGUACAUGAUGUUAAUUUAUUUAUCAGAAGGCCAAACAACUCAUUAGUGUUGCCCAAUCCUGUUUUCUUUCUUAUUUGACAUUUAUUUAUUUAUUUCAGUGCUGGAGCUUUAGAUUAUGGGGCAAAGUUUCUACUUCAGCGGAAAGUUUUGUGAGUGAGUGUUUUGAUUGCAACGUGUCUACCAAUUUUGCACCUUUUUGGCUUCCUCUUCCCUGAGAAAUUUAUUCAUGAGCUAAUUUAUCAAACCUUAGAUAAUAAACCUAAGCUAACCAAUACCUUACUAUCAAAUGGUUAAGCUAAGAAAAAUACAACUCAAUCAAAGUGCCUUCUUCUAACUAUAAAUUAUAAUCCUCAUAACACAAUCAUGUUGUUUACAUUCUGCAAGGUUAAGUGUUUUCAGUUAGGUCAUAUAAUCCAAAAUCCCUUCUUGGAGGCUCAGAUACCAGCUGCAGUCUUAAUUAGCAAAUUGAACCUACUUUCCACCCCAAGAAAAGAACAAGUGAGACCAAAUCCGAAAAAGCGACAGAAAUCUAGCCUGCCAUGCAUGUAGAGUUACAGUUAUUAAAGUGCAGCAUAGGUCCUGAACUUUGUUACUGACAUUAAGGUAACAACAAAAUGUUCAAAUUCUUUUCUUUUGCUUAUAAUUUUCCAAGGAAUGUUUGCCAGCAACCAGCAUUAUUUCAAUCCUGUGUUUAGAAGACACACCCAGCAGAUCUCAACGAUGUUUUGCAGUUAAUCACAAUGAUGUGAUCGUUUACAACCUCCUGAAUGGCUCCUGUGAGGGUCACCUUAAAGAGCUGCAUCCCCGAGAAAUAACCACUGCCCUGUUCUUCAAUCCACUGAAGGUAAUGUAUUGUUUGUCACUUUCUUGCUAAUGUAUAUACCAGUAAGGAGCUAUAAGAAUACUUAAAAAUUUAUAUUUAACUGACAAAAUGUAUCAGGUAUUUUGUAAAAGUGCAAGAAGUGCCAUAGGUAGUCUGGAAUGUCAUCCGUCUCCACCCCCUAACCCAUGGGGGCAUGCCCUGUGCCCCCCACAGGCUAGGGAGUGGAGAUGGAUGACAUUUCAGACUAUGUCCAGGCAUUAAUUCCAGUAUUUAAUAAACCCAAGAGUAAAUGUAAGUCAUAUUCAACAUUUAUUGUUCCACGAGUGUGGUUUGGAUUUGAGUUGGCUAUAAUCAUCUCAUAUCCAACAAGCGCAAGUGAAAUACUUGUUUUACUAAAAAUGCCCAUAAAAUAUCAAGAAUUCUUUCCGACUUUAUUUGUAAAAACAACCGACUUUCAGCUUGUUUUUAAUUUUGAGCAGAUGCAUAUAGUUACCAUUUUCAGAGAGCAUAGUGUAAUGGCUCAUAAACCAUGAUGGCUAAGCCAGUUAGAGAUCCAGAAGUGCAUUAUCCAAUGAUUCAGUGUUUAACAAUUACGCUUAUUUACCUUCUCUUUUAGUACCUUGUAACCGGGGCAAAGGAUGGGACGAUAAAAGUCUGGGAUGACAAAGGGAACAUCAAAAUCAUCUUUGUCGGGCAUUUAAAAUCAGUUAACACUCUAGCAGUUUACCCGUUUGGUACGUACAUCAUGUCAGGAUCAAGCGACUGUACCAUCAGAGUCUGGAGUUUGGAUACUGCUGAUGAAGUGGAUCGCAUAAGCACCAAGGAACCCGUCUUUGGAUUGGGAACAAUUGUAGGAAAAAAUGACUUGUAUUCGUUUGGAAGUAAAUCGAUUGAGUUGUGGAGAAUUGAGCAUAUUCAUAGCGUCUUUGCAGCCAUUGGGUAAGUAGGUGACUGUCAUUUUUUGUACGAAGCAGGUAUAAAUAACACAACAAAUUCAAAUAGUAAAGGAGUGUUUUUUCUUUCAUUUUUGAACUUGAACAUGAAUUUUUUACAGACUAUCAGGCCUAAAAGUAAUGAUGCAAAUGCCACUGUCUUAUGGCUAACUUCCAUUUCCUUUGUAGGAGCAAAGUAAAGUCCAUCAAAACUACGACACAUCCAAGAGUAAGUACAUGAAUACAAGUAUUUCUUCAUCAAAAAACCUUUACUCCAGACCAGUUCUCUCCCGCCCUCCCAUCCCUAACAAUUAAUAGGCCUCCUCACUAGCUUCGCAAGGGUCUGCGAUACAUGUAUUUUUAGUAAAGGUUUUAAUCAAGGAUAAACCAGUUCCGCAGACUCUUAAACUAAGUUUGCGCAGAUACGUGCCCCUGGUUUGUAGAAGACUCACGCAAGCAAAGUCUCAGGCUCCAAAUGGAGCAUACACUGUACAUGUACCACUGUGGAUAUGGAAACGUGGCAUGGUCGAAAUGGGAAUGUGACACGGUAGUUAGGGGAACGUGGUACCCAUAAGUUUUGAAACUCACUCUCAGUCACUAAACUGUUCAUCCCAGCUGGGCUGCAAUCAAACAACGUCGCCACUCGACCCUAUCCUGAGCUUUGGCUUCCACUUCGCCCCAUGUUAUACCCAACGCUGGACUUUGUCAAAGCCCGUUUCCGGUUUCUACUAGUGACAUGUAGGGGGAUCGCUCGCUUUCCCUCACGUCGCGAGCGUCCCUCACUCCUUCGGCGCUCACCCAGUCAACUUGUGGCAAGUCUAAACCCAACUCCUCCAGCUCUUUCAUCACUAUUCUCCGCCAAUGUAGAAAAAAACUCUAGGUCUCAACAAACCGUAGUCCAGCAAAUACGGUGGAAAAAAAAAAAACAAACGGGAAAAAACUGACUGUGCUCAGGGACAAAUCGGUAGCCCAUACAUCGUUCCGCAAUGCAAAUGGCCGUCUCAUGCUACUGUGGUAACAUACAGGGCUGUCAAAAAGGUUCUAAGUAGCAGGCUGAUAAUGAAUAGUAGGCGACUUUGGAACUCGCACCACCAAAAGCACAAGUUCUUGAGGGGCCGAAGCAUCUAGGGACAUUUUGAAAUUUGGAGUCUCGGAAAUGGCGUUUGCAGGGGUUUUCAAGAGGUAUUUCCACCGUGGACGCCAUGUUGUUUCGUCAGAAUUCACGAAGGACUAGGAACAAUGCCGUCGAAAUGUCCUAGGCGUUCCACGACAUCGUCCGGUUCGAACGUUUCACAGAUCUAAACCUGUUUAAAAACGAGUUAAAUGUCAUUCAAAACUAGGAAUCGAAUUCUUUACAAUUUUUGUUCGAUGGUGCUUAAUUUUUGCUAGCGGUUAUAAAUGUGGUGGUAGAAGGAGAUGAAAGUAGCCGGCCAAGGAUGGCUAACUAGCCGGCGGUUUUGGUCGGCUACCGGCCCUCACCGACAACCCCGAACAUGACGUCACACUUCUCCUCUCUAUUGAAUACAACAGUAGCAGUAAUAUGUGGUGACAAUGUUAUAUGUUUGUUGCUAUCGUUACAUGCCAUUGAGACUGGUGUGCACUUGCAGUGACGCAGCAGUUCGCCUAUUGUCCCCAGGCUCCGGGGAGUGCAUCACGACCAUGCUGUUACCCAGUAUGAGUAUAAUUGCUGAUGUGGCUUAUGCUGCAGCCGAAAGUAUGUUCCCAGUUAUUGUUUUUCAAAGGCAUGAUUAUAACAAGAUGGUUAUUUUCAACCCCCCUUUUGAAAUAGGGCGAGUUUUCCCCCAUGCACUCACAAAUGCGUGACAGCAAGAAAUGAUUGGUUUUCGCUGCACUCCUUCGUUGUUAUAGAGUGAUGCGACUUACUGUGUAAUAUUGUAUAAACCAAAGAAACUACUUUUGAGGUAGAAACUACUGAUCUGUUAUUUAAGUUGAAAGUCGUUUUGUACAUCUCUUUCAUGAUCAAUUCCUGUUAAGUGUUAUCUUAUGUUAAAAGGACAUGCACUAUAAUUGUCCUUUUACUCGCGACAUCACAUUACAUUACCGUACGUUAUGUGAUGUCAGGUUACGUUUCGUUACGUUCCGUUGCGUAUACUGGGAACAUCAUUUUUAGUUUUUGAUUCCAUAAUUGGCAUAAUGCAGAACUUUUUCUUACUGUGCCUUCUGAAUUUUUUUUGUAGAUUUGCUGUUUACUUUGCUCUCAGAUGGAAGAAUCUUAAAGGCCUCAACGCUAACAAAUCCAUGUAAACUACUUCAGGAAUGGGACAUGAAAACCAACCCAGAUGGUAAGAGUCGUUUAUCUUUACUAAAAGUCCAAGGUUUCUUUAUCUAACAGAACUAUUUUAUCGCUACAAGAUACAACUGUAAAAAUUGGCCAUGUUUUUUUCAAACGUUUUAUCUUGCAGUCGGGUAUUGUAGUACACCUGACAAGCACAAGCUAGAGAGGCUCUCUCAUGAUCAGCUUGUUAGUCCUUCUUUAGUCGAAAGAGGUUUUCAUUCUUGUUGGAACAUACCUUGUCAAUACUCAGUUUUCGACCUAUUAGACUAAACGCGCGUAAAUAUUCGAGACGGAAGAAAAAAAAAAAAGAAUGUGAUAGUCCUAAUCGGUUAUGCUCCCCAUUUUGUUCUUGAUGUAUUCUUUGGUUGUUGUUGGUCAAAUUUACGUUGCUAUAGACUUAAGCCUUGUUCACGCCUUUCCUAAUGACCACGCCCAAGCUCAGGUAAUACAAGCGGAAAAUGUCGCAGUAGCCUGCUAAACAUUAAUGUUUUUUCCCUGUUGAAGCAAAAUGCACUAUAUACCAGCAAUCAACUAGGAAAAAACACCAAUCUUUUGUGGAAAGAAAACUAAGCAUGUUUCUAUUUCAUGUUACAGUUCCAAGUCUGUGCAGCUGUCUUUGCCUUUAUGAAUAUGUGGUCGAGGUAAGAAACUUAACAAAAAGAAAGUUUUGGAAUCACAUAUACGUUAACUACAAUUGGAACAAAGGUCAGUUUGCAGCAUCUGACCAAGAUUUCCCUUUUUUGAGAAAGGUUUGAACCCAGGAGUCAUUUCGCUUGUUGGAUAUGAGAUGAUUAUAGCCAACUGAAUAGGACUGUUGUUGUUGACAGUGACUGACGUUUCGACAACCUGUGCGUUAGUCAUCUUCAGAAUCAAAGUGAUUUGUGCUUGUCAGUUGAUGGUAUUAAACUCUGGUUAUUGAUCUGAUUGGUCAAUUAAGCCGCGAAGUUAUUGGCUAUGAAGACUCGAAAUCUCAUUAGUGCGUUUCGAUCCGUCUGUUGUCACAGUUUAACAGUCGUUUAUUUUUAGUCAAAUUGUCAGUUGUCCUGUCAUUCUCUCGUGCAGCUGUAGUUAGUUUUGCCUGAGUCCGUCAAUACGUCGUUUGUACGAUGCCGGUAACUGUUGACUACGAAUCAGUGGCGUUUUUGUUCUAAGUUAGUAAACCAGCUUUCUUAAGUGAGUCGUUGAUAGUAGUCUAUAGAACACACGUAAUACAUGUCGCGGUGUCCCAGUCGUUUUAUGUUCAUCAUAUCUACACCAAAGCCCCUCCCCCUUUCUCUUCCCUUCCCCCUGCCCCGGCAUUUAUUUAGUGCCAUUUCUCAUCGCUUGAACUCCAGACAAAAGCUCAAUUUGUCGUUGAAAUCUACCAAAAUGCCUCGGCGGUGACGAACAGUAACAGCGCUACCCUGCGACAGAAGCCCCAAAAAGUGCUUAGUGGUGUCUUGAUUUAGAGCAAUGUUCAAUAAAACGUCCAACACAUUUUUUUAGGAUGAACUUGGAGGGGAUUCCUGGGGAGAUUUAAUGACCAUCCUCAAAUCGAAGAAAAGAGCCGAAGAGCUUGAGAGCAAAGGCCAAACAAACGCUUACGACCGAACUCUGUUGCUUGGUGGCUGU